UGGAGAGUGGGCAACAACUUUAAUAUUUGUAUUUAUAUGGGAACAAAGUAUCCCACUUAUGCUCUUGCAAAAUAGUGUAAUUGUAUAAUUGAUUCAAAGUAUGGGGUUUAAUGGUUUGUUUUUUCAUCCAGUGCUCUAAUUCGGGCGAUUUUCUUGAAACUAAUUUUUACGGGGAAUUGUAGCUAGCUUGCUCCAAGGCUGAGGGGAAUCAUUUGGAUAGCAAGCUGGCUAGCUAAUCGAAUGUUGGUACAAUUUCGCUCGUUCCUGUAUUCAGUUUUGUGUCCGGGCAUUCUUUUUUGCAUUUGGGAUUUAUCGGAGGAUUUUAGUUUCGACUGGCUGCCGUGUUUUUUAUCUACUGGAGCCUUUAUGGAUGAGUAAAAUACUGCCGUUACAAGACCGUUUGUGUUCAGCGAUGUGGGAUGAAGAGGAUAAAGGAAAGUGGUCUUUGGAAAUUUAGGGGGGACGGAGUGGGCUUCGCCGUUGGAUAUUAUUUGAAAUAUAUUGUCCUCUCCUGGAUUUUCUACGUUAGUUGGAGUACAGCUGAAAAACCUCGAUUUGCAUAGCCCACUGCAUCGGCUACCCGCUCCUUAUUCUUUCACUGGAUAGCAGUGGUCUUGCCCCAACCCCCAAGCCAUCGAAAACUAAACAAAGUACUGCAUGUCACAUAUGACAUUCAUGGUCAUGAGGGAAAUAAUUCAAAACUGAUAGGGUUGGAAAGAAUGUCAUCAGAGGAUAAGAGUCUGGACACCUCUGACAAAGGACCGCCUCCGCCUCCUGGCAGCACAGGGGCCACGCCUACAGGAAGUCCUGCCCCCACUGACAGACGCCCUCGGGGACGUCCUCGGAAAGAUGCAGUGUCCGCAGCCCCCCUGCCUGGCCCUGCGACCAAGCCCCCAAAAAAGAGUCGAAGCCGUGGCAGGGCACUGUUGGAGGAUGAGGAGGUGGUGGAGACCGCAGAGUUGGCUGAGCUCACAGCCAGUCAGGAGAUAGAGCCAAAAGAGCAGCAGGAGAUGGGUGAGAGUGCCAUGUUGGUGGCAGGCGACGGCGAGGGGGAGGACAGCCCCUCGUUCCCCCUCCACCAGACACAGGAGGCAGCAGCGCCACCAUCAGCCUCGUCCUCAGGAGUCACCAAAAGCAGUGAACAGCUCUGUGCCUUCUGUUACUGUGGUGGACGGAGCCUCCUGGGUCAGGGGGAUCUGAGGAGAUUUGAGGCCUCACCCACUCCCAGUAGCCAAUCAGGAGGCAGCACGAGGGACGGCGACGGUAGCAGUGGUGGCAGCGGUGGCAGUGACCCGGACAGCGGGGCCCCUCGGCCAACCGUGGCUCCCAGGGCGUUGUCGAGUGCGGAGGAAGGAGCUGGCAGGUUUUGGGAUGAGCUUAGUCACGUUGGCCUCCCUGAUGGCACGGAUGUCCAGACGCUCUUUGAUGAGUCAGGACGGUGCUGGGCCCAUCAGCGCUGUGCCGUAUGGUCGCAAGACGUGUGCCAGGGCGAGGACCAAUCACUGCUCAACGUGGACCAAGCCAUCCACUCAGGGAGCACACAGUGCUGUGCAUACUGUAAGCGCCUUGGAGCAUCCAUCAAGUGCUGUGAGGAGGGGUGCGAUCGGAUGUACCAUUACCCUUGUGCGGGGGCUGCCGGAACCUUUCAGGACUUCAAGAGACUUUUGCUCUUCUGCCCUGAUCAUAUUGAAUUAGCAAUUGACAGAUCUCUUGAGGAGGCCAACUGUGUGCUGUGCGACAGCCCCGGUGACCUCCAGGACCAGCUCUUCUGCACCAGCUGUGGGCUGCACUACCACGGCAUGUGUCUGGACAUUGCAGUGACCCCUCUGAAGAGGGCAGGCUGGCAGUGCCCAGAGUGCAAAGUCUGCCAGACGUGCAAGAACCCGGGCGAGGACACCAAGAUGCUGGUGUGUGACAUGUGCGAUAAAGGCUAUCAUACAUUCUGCCUGCAGCCGGCAAUGGACUCCAUACCUGCUGGUGGCUGGAGAUGCAAGAACUGCCGCGUGUGUGACCAGUGUGGCACGCGGACGAGUGGCCAUUGGCACCACUCGGGGCUGCUGUGUGAGGCCUGUGCCGGGCAGCAGGACCCAGCGCUGGCCUGUCCUCUGUGUGGUGGGGGCCUGGACCCUGAGCUCCAACCCCACCUGCUCUCCUGCCACAGCUGCAAAAGGUGGUUGCACCUGGAGUGUGAGCAGCAGGUGGAGGGCUUUGUGGAGCCCCUGCCAGGGGAGCACUAUGUGUGCUGCGGCUGCCAACGCACCAGCCCUGAUCUGGACCCACCGCACAGGGACCUGGAGGCCCGGCUCAUGCUGGCCACAGUCGGCGCCGAAGAGCCAGGGGACGCGCCGUCUGAGCCGCAGCCGUCCAGCCCGAUGGACUGCCCGCCCAGUGGAGCGCCUGAGGAGGAAGAGCGGGCGGCUGGCACCGGCGCCGCUGGUUGUGGGCAGGCAGGAGAGCAGGUGUCUGAAGCCAAACCUGAGCUGGAAAGUGAAGAGUUAUAUGAGGUUACAUGUGCUGAAGAGCCCAGGGCGACAGCAGCAGUGUCUCCUGAGGACACGGGGAGCCAGAGGCUGGAGUCUGAGGCCCCAGAGCCUCCCCUGCAGGCUGCAGAGCCUGAGCCAUCUCAGGCCUGCACGGCCACGGCAGCCCCCCAGGAAGAGGAGCCUGAGCCUGGGCAGGAGAAGCACGAAGCCCCCACCCCACCCACCAAAGAGCCCACAGAUGCAUCAGCACCAGCUGUGGAGGAAGCCAUGGAGGUCUCCGGAGAUGUCUCCCCAGCUGCUGAGGCGAGCAGAGAGGCGACCGGCCCGACCCUUGUGCCAAAGGAAGAGAGAGCAACAGAGAAGGAGGAGGAGGUGGAGAAGAAGAAGGGGCUGAAGGUGGAGAAGGAGCCCAGCUCCAUGGUAGUGCCGGUGAAGGAGAAGGAGGAUGAGGCUCAACUCGAACACCCUGUGGACAUGGAGACCACUAGCGGCGGGUCCAUCCUCCCCCAACCUGCGCCGCCAGCCGAGGCGAAGGGCGCCGCCCACAAGCCAUCGUCUGUCCCAGACGUGCGGUCUGAGAGCACAUCUCCCUGCCCCCCUCAGGUGCCACUCUCGCCGCACACGUCUCUGGACGAGACUGUCCAGGCCCCGCUCCAGCUGCAGCUGCAGCUCCCGCUGCCUGAGACCGAGCCAGAGCCGCCGUUCUCCCCAGUGGACUUCAGCACGGCCAUACCCCCCGCCAUGUUUCUACCCAUGACCCCCAAAAUUGGCAUGGGCAAACCGGCCAUCACUAAGAGGAAGUUCUCUCCAGGAAGACCCCGCGUGAAACAGGGAGCGUGGAGAGGCCCAGGCCGAGCUGUCUCCCCCUCCUGGUCCCUGGAGCCCCCAAAGACCAGGCAGCCCACCAGCACCCCUGCCUGGGGCAUCAGAGUGGGUCGAGGCUCAGGCUUUCCAGGACGGAGGAGACCCCGUGGGGCGGGCCUGUCUGGGAGAGGAGGCCGCGGCCGCUCCAGGAUGAAGAAUGGAGUCAGCCCCGUCCCCAACCCUGGAGUACGUGUCCGUUCAUUCAUCACCAGCUCCCAAACUGGUGCACUGCAGGUGGGCGCUGUGGAGCCAUCCUAUCUGUUCAAGGAGGAGGAAGAGAAUGCCAUGCACAACACUGUAGUCCUCUUCUCCAGCUCUGACUCCUUCACCCUCAAGCAGGAUAUGUGUGUGGUGUGCGGCAGCUUUGGCCAGGGCGUGGAGGGACGGCUCCUGGCCUGCGCUCAGUGUGGGCAGUGCUACCACCCGUUCUGUGUCAACAUCAAGCUCACUCGGGUGGUGUUGAGUAAGGGCUGGCGCUGCCUAGAGUGUACGGUGUGUGAAGCCUGUGGACAGGCCACUGACCCGGCCCGCCUGCUGCUCUGCGACGACUGUGACAUCAGCUACCACACCUACUGCCUGAACCCUCCCCUGCAGAACGUGCCCAAUGGUGGCUGGAAGUGCAAAUGGUGUGUCUCCUGUACCCAGUGCGGUGCCACGUCGCCGGGCCUGCGUGGCGAGUGGCAGAAUAACUACACGCAGUGCGCCCCCUGUGGUAGCCUCAGCAGCUGCCCGAGCUGCCUGCUGGACUAUAGUGAGGAGGAGAUCAUAGUGCAGUGCCGCCAGUGUGACAGGUGGGUUCAUGCCUCCUGCCAAGGCCUGCACUCGGAGCAGGAAGUGGAGGUUGCCGUGGACAAUGGCUUUGAUUGUACCCAGUGCCGAGGCCGCGCCUCCCCCUCAGAGACGAUAGCAGCGGUAGCAGCCAUGGCCGCCGCGGAGGCUUACGAGUCCCCUCUCCCUGUGCAGACCUUCCCCAAGGCUAAAGAUCUCGACCCGGCGCGGACCUACACACAGGACGGCGUGUGCCUGACGGAGUCGGGCCUGAGUCAGCUCCAGAGCCUGGCGGCAGCGGCCUCGCGGCGCCGGCGGCCCAAACCCAAACUCAAGCUGAAGAUCAUCAACCAGAACAGCGUGGCGGUGCUGCAGAGCGUCCCCGACCAGCCGCUGGAACUCUCCCGCGAGGUCGACCUGGACGACAGCCGCGAGGGGGAGGCGGAGUGUGAGGGGAAGUCUGACUCCAGUCCCGAAAGAGAGGUCGUGGACGACGACUCCAAAGGGGGUGAAGCUGGCAAGAAGAGGAAGAGGAAGCCGUACAGGCCAGGCAUUGGGGGUUUCAUGGUCCGCCAGAGGAACAAGGCAGGCCAAGCUAAGGCCAAGCCCGCCCUGACCAGGAAGGACUCGACAGGCUCUCUCUCCGAGAUCCCGCCGGCAAAGGACGAAACCUGGGGGGAUCCGGCCCCCGACACCCCACAGGAUGAGAAGCCUCCAGUAGCCGAGUUUCCAGAGAAAACCAGGAAACGGUACAGGAAGAAAAAGACCAAACUGGAAGAGGCCUUUCCCACCUACCUUCAGGAGGCCUUCUUCGGCAAAGACCUGCUGGACAAGAGCAAGCAGAGCCGCCAGGGGGUGGAGCGAGGCCUGCUGGAGGAGGAGCAUAUGCAGACGGGCAGGAAGACGCCCCGCCCCCAGUACAUGAGCCCCUCAGCCGAGUCUCUCCAUAGCAACACGUCCACUGCAGGUGCCGCCACACCUGGCAAAGCAGCCGCGUCCCGGAGUACCGAUGACCCCCUGGUGGCCCUGACGGACGUUCUCAAUACUGACACGGAUCUACUGGGGAUACUGUCAGGAGACUUGGGAAAGCCCUCCGAUGAAUCAGGUCUUGAUUUUAGCCCUUUCCAGGUUGAUGGCUCACCCCCUAAUUUUGCUGGACUGGACAUGGCAGAGGAAUCCCCUGCAGUACCCCAGACUCACUCGGGCAGGGCGGUGCGUGGCAUCCCUGAGGAGCCCCUGGGCGGCAUCCUAAGCCCUGAACUGGACAAGAUGGUCACCGACGAGUCCAUUCUCAGCAAACUCUACAAAAUUCCAGAGCUGGAGGGGAAGGACGUAGAGGACCUCUUCACGGCAGUCCUCAGCCCUAGCACCAGCCGGUCCCAGCAUCAGCAGCAACAGGGCCCUUCCGCCAUGCAUGGACCCCAGGGUGGCACUCUCCCUCACCCCCCUUCUGCUCCAGGAAAUGGGAUGUUUCCACGGAUGCCGAUGGUGAACGGACUGGUGGACCCCAGCCAGCAGUUCUCUCCAUCCCAGAUGAACCCUGGAGCCGGCUCCUGCAUGACUGGCAACUUCAGCCCGCUGCAGCGCAUGCCCUUCCCAGACAACAUGAGGGAGCACAAGUUCCAUCCGGUGCCCGGUGGGGUGGGUGGUGCUUGGGCCGGUCCUGGCCCACCACCAGCGCCAGGACCGGGACCGGGACCAGGGGCUGAGGGGGAGGGUGACUCCAUGUCCACUGCCCAGAAAAGCACGCUCAAGUGGGAGAAGGAGGAGACGCUCGGAGAGUUGGCUACUGUGGCUCCUGUCCUCUACACCAACGUCAACUUCCCCGACCUCAAGGAGGAAUACCCAGAUUGGUCUACGAGAGUCAAACAAAUUGCAAAACUCUGGAGAAAAGCAAGUUCACAGGACAGAGCCCCAUAUGUGCAAAAGGCCAGAGACAACCGAGCAGCGCUGCGCAUCAACAAAGUCCAGAUGUCCAACGAGCCUGUGAAGAGGCCACACGCCCAGCAGCCAGUGCAGCUGCCACAGCCCCCGGAGGUGUUUGACCCCGCCAUCCCACCCCUGGACACAGAGCUGCUCUUCAAGGACCCGCUCAAGCACAAGGAGUCCGAGCAGGAGCAGGAGUGGAAGCUCAGACAGGUGAGACAAUUGAGACAGAAGAGCAAGCAGCAAGCGAAGAUCGAAGCCACCCAGAAGCUAGAGCAAGUCAAGAACGAGCAGCUGCAGCAGCAGCAGCAACAGCAGCAGCAGACCGGCAGUGGGGCCGAUGGGGAAAACUCCGGUGGCCAGAGCCCGCUGUCCCAGUCCAGCAGCGGCAACCUGUCGCCCAUGCAGCAGCCCAAGAGCAACUUCUCCCGACCACCCCCUUCCACCGGGUCCAAGGACGACAUCUUCCUGCGUCCGCAGCUGCCUCCUCCUUCUGCCGGAGGCCAGGGCUCGUCCUCCCAGCCCCAGUCGCCACAGAUGUUCUCCCCUGGCUCGUCUGGGUCGAGGCCGUCGUCUCCCGGCGAUCCGUACGCCAAGAUGGUGGGCACGCCAAGGCCCCCACCCAUGGGCACCAGUGUCCAGCGUAGGGGUUCUAUUGAGUCGGGGAAGUCGCCCAGGUCUCUUUCAGAGGAGAGAGGCAAGCACGAACCCUUUGGGUCUCCGACGUCCCUGAGCAGCGAUCCCUAUGCCAAACCCCCGGACACCCCCAGGCCUGUAACCUCUGGAGACCCCUUCCUGAAGCCCAUGGGCCCCCCAAGGGCCAGCCCCUCUAUGGAGGGGAGGCACAUGAUGGGCUCCCCAGGUCACGAUCCGUUCUCCAGACCUGCACAGCGCAAAGAGGCCUACCAGCGAGGCGCCCAGAAUAGGAUGAUCCUCUCGGACCCAUACUCGCGUCCCUUGCUCACGCCCAUCCCAGGGAGCAAUGAGUCGGGCUCUGUCCAGCUCUUCAAAGCCCCCAUGCCACCCGGUCAAGCCCAGGACCCAUACGGAGGAAUGCAUCCUGGGCAACGACGGCCGAGCGGGGACCCAUUCGAAAGGCUGGAUGACCCUUAUGCCCAAUCCCCGCUCACUCCACGGCCUGCCAUGGGCCAGGAGUUUGCCAGCCCCCAAAGGCCUUCCCGUCAGCCCCACCAGUUCUCCCAGCCUGGCCCAGUUAUGAGACAAUCUGCCCAGAACCCAUAUGUUCACGCACCCCCUACCCCUCGACCUGAUUACAGCCAGUAUGACCCUUACUCCCAACCCCCAGGCACGCCCCGGCCCAUGUCCGACCCAUAUGCUCACCCUCCAGGCACGCCUAGGCCGCAUGACCAGUAUAGCCCCUCCUCAGACCCAUACUCCCACCCGCCUACCACCCCCCGUCCGGGCCCCAGGCUCUCGCCCUCCCUGGCUGUGGAUCCUUACGCCCAGCAACCAGGGACUCCGCACCCAGGUAUGGGCGACAGGUUCCCCAAGUCCCCUGGCUGCCAGAGGAACCCUGACCCUUAUGCUCAGCCUCCUGGCACACCGAGACCCAUGACCAUGGGAGGGCCCCAGCAGAUGCUGAAUGACCCAUAUGCCCAGCCCCCGGGUACCCCUCGCCCCGGGGGAAGACCAGGCUCCUUUCAGGAUCCUUUCUCUCCACCUCAGGCAAGGGCCCAGGAGGCAUUCGCUCACCCUAUGGUCCCUGGCUCACAGACACCAAAGCAUCCCGGAAUGCAUGAUGAGAGUGUAGUUAUGCCGUCCAAUCCACCGAACCAGACACCCGUCCACGAUCCAUUUGAGCAGGCACCCAUGACGCCUCACCCACAGGUCGAGAAGGAAUCGCAGGGAAUGGUGGGGCAUGGUCUCAACCCCAUGGGCACUGGGCAGAUGCCUCACCCUGCACAGUUCUCCGCACCGCCCGAAGCUCAAAGUGUUUCUCUGAUGGAGGCGGAGGAGAGGAUGAGACAGCGUCAGCGUAUCAGAGAGCUUAUCCUGAAACAGCAGCAGCAGAAGGGUGCCAAUCGUCAGGAGAAGGGUCCCCAGGAGGCCCCCAUGGCUCCAGGAACCCCACAGCACUGGAGUCAGGGGGGGCCAGGGCCACAGGUGGAGAUCUUCAACCGACCUCCACCGCCGUACCCUGGCCCAGGGCCAGUGAGAGGCCCCAUGAGGUUUCCUGGACCCUUCCCAGGUGACCAGCAUGGCCCAGUUGCCAUGGAGGGGCAGUUUCCAGAUGGCAGUAAUAUGGGCAUAAGGCAACACAUGCAGAGAUUUGGGUUUCCUAGUGGACAAGGGCCACAUGGGCCUCUCAGACCUCCACACCCAAUGCAGGAUGCCAUGAUGGAUGCUCACCCGCAGAUGAGGAGGUCCAUCUCCGUCGAACUUGGGAAGUCAUUUGGUGGCCCUCCCAUGGGGCCCCAGCACUUCCCACCUCGGGGAAUGCCAGUCCAGCAGCACAACAUCAUGGGUCAGCCUUUCAUUGAGCUGAGACACAGAGCCCCAGAAAGCAGGUUUCGGCUCCCGUUUGGGCCCGCCGGCAUGCAGGGCGGCUCCAUGGACCCCCACGCCCAACAGCACAGGUUACCAGGGUUUAAUGUCAGGCAGCAGAUGGGAUUCCCACCUAAUCAAGGUCCCAGACCCAUGGAAGGAACCAUGAUGAAUCAGCACCAAGGAUCUGCUCCUCAGAUGCAGAUGUCCUCCAGCAUGGACAACCUGAACCAGUCACUUUGCUUGCCAGGGACUGGCGGUCUUCAGCAGCCACCCCUUAUGAGAUCCAUGAGCCAACCAGCCUCAAGUGAAUCGUCCAACGUUGCUCCAGUAAAUCUCUUCCCUGUGGCUUCCACUGAGCAUACAGAUGAAAUUUCGAUGCCCAGCACUGAAGGAGAGAAGCUGGAUGCUGACGAGUCAGCCGUGAAAGACUUGGAGGAUGUUGAGGUCAAAGAUUUAGUUGACGCAGAUCUGGAAAACCUCAAUCUAGAUGCGGAAGAUGGUAAAGACUUGGAUCUGGAAACAAAUGAUUUGCACCUUGAUGAUUUCCUGACAUCUGGAAAAUUUGACAUCAUAGCUUACACUGAAACUGACUUGGACCUUGAUGUCAAGAAGGACAUGUUCAAUGAGGAUCUAGACCUCAGUGAUCCUAUAGAGGACCACAAUGAGACCUCUGAUCCACAGAAGGCACUUUCAGAGAAAAGGAAUACUGGUUCUGGCAGUGCCUCAACAAAAGGACAGUCAGACAAUAUACCAGAGGCACCUACAGGUAACAUUAAACAGGAAGCUUGUUCCAGUCAGGGCUUGAAAGAGGAGCCUGACAUUAAGUUAGAACCCAACACUAGUUUGUCUCAACCUCAGGGCUUGACUGCCUCUGGGGAUAUCAAGGGCUCAGACCUUUCUCAACCAACAGCAUCUCAGCUCUCCCAGUCAGUGAGUGUCCCUGACUCCACACCUGUGCUGUCCAGUCUACUGGUCAAGGAGAAGCCAGGUGAGAUGUCUCUCAAACAAGUGGAUGCCGCUUCUGCUGUUCAGAACAACCCAGAAGUGUCCACCUCGAACAUUCUCAAUCAAAGCAACUACCCACAGCAAGACUUGAAUCCCACCCUGGCUUUGGAACAGACCAUGGGUUCUACCCACGGAGAGACCGCAAUGGGAAACUCAAGCCAGAUCCAAGGGCAGGCUGCAGGCCAGGCUUUUGGGUCGGAUCAGUUGGGAGCCCAGGAUGCGAUGCUUGCUGAGGAUCCACAAGCAGGCACCAGCCUGCUCGGCCAGAACAGGCCCCUGUUGCUGGAGGAACAGCCCCUCUUGCUCCAGGACUUGCUUGACCAGGAGAGACAGGAACAACAGCAGCAGAGACAGAUGCAGGCCAUGAUAAGACAACGCUCGAGUGACUCGUUCUUUCCAAACAUAGAUUUUGAUGCAAUCACAGACCCCAUCAUGAAAGCUAAAAUGGUCGCACUGAAAGGUAUCAACAAAGUCAUGGUUCAGAACAACAUGGGGAUGACGCCCAUGACUGUCAUGAACAGGCUUCCACAAGCUGUUCAGCAAGGACAGGGGCCUCCGUGGCCUGAAGGUGCUCCAGUGGCUCCUCAGGUUCCUGUACAAGUACAGGAUGCCAAACAGGCACCGCAUAUGGGUAGGCCCAAUCUCCCUGCUGUUGCACCAGGAUUUUCAAACGACGCGCAGCAGAAGGCUCAGUACGAGGAGUGGCUGAGGGAGACCCAGCAGCUGCUACAGAUGCAGCAGAAGUUUCUAGAGGAGCAGAUCGGGGCCCACCGCAAGUCCAAGAAGGCCCUCUCGGCCAAGCAGAGGACCGCCAAGAAGGCCGGCCGCGAGUUCCCAGAGGAGGACGCUGAGCAGCUGAAGCAUGUGACCGAGCAGCAGGGUGUGGUGCAGAAGCAAUUAGAGCAGAUCCGCAAGCAACAGAAGGAGCAUGCGGAACUGAUUGAAGAGUACAGAGUGAAACAGCAGCCGCAGUGCAACAUGCAGCCACCACUGAUGCCCGGCAUGCCAGGUAUGCACGGCCCCCCUGCCAUGAUGCCUGUCCGUCCACCCAUGAGCCAGCCAAUGAUCGGCCCAUUGCCCCAGAUGCCGCAGAUUCCAGUCCACCCAGGUCAGCCUGGCCCAGCUCGCCCACCCAACAUGCCACCAGGCUGGCGUCCUGGCGGCCCCAUGGCAAUGCCUGGCCCUAUGCCCGGCCCUAUGCCCAUGGGAGGCCCUAGGAUGCCACCCAUGAUGCCAGUCCAGGGCCCCAUGCCGCAGCCCCCCCAGGUCAUGCCAGCCGCGGCCCCUGCCCCUCAGGCGGGUGGCGAAUCCCCUCACGUGAACUUCGACGACACCAACCCGUUCAGCGAGGGCUUCCAGGAGCGUGAGCGCAAAGAGCGUCUCCGCGAGCAGCAGGAGCGCCAGCGUGUGCAGCUGAUGAAGGAGGUGGAGCGUCAGCGGGCGCUCAAGCAGCGCAUGGAGAUGGAGAUGCAGCAGCAGCAGCAGGCCCUCAUGAGUCCAGAGGGCCUCCUCAAGCCCCAGAUGGCCCCCAUGCCCAUGUUCAACCAGGAAAUGCCCCACGACUUCCUGCAAGCCCCGAAGCCUCCACAGCCCCAGCACCCUGGCCAGAUGUUCCCCCAGCAGCAAGGCCAUCCGCCUGGACUCAGUGGGGAACCUCCAGGCGCCUUCAUGGGCAACGGGCCAUUCCCUCAAGACAUGGGACCCGGAUUUUGGCCAGACAAUCCCGGUAUGGAGGCAGGCAACUUUGCUCCAGGUCAGCCUAGACCACCCAGAUUUGGUGGGCCCAACAUGAUGCCUCACAACGCGGGCAAACCCCAUCCCUUUGGGCCAGAUUCCUCUUUGCCUCUUCCACCAAACUUCCCGGGCUCAGGCCCAUCGCUGAUCCAACUCUACUCUAACAUCAUCCCCGAGGAGAAGGGCAAGAAGAAGAGGAACCGCAAGAAGAAGAAGGACGACGACUCUGGCUCUCUAAACGCUCCAUCCACGCCGCACUCCGACCUCACCGCUCCUCUCACGCCCUGCGUCUCGGACACGUCCUCCACCCCGACGCGGCUCUCACUGCACCAUGGAGAGCAGGACCUGUGCGAGUCGUCUCAGCCCGGCUCUUCGACGCCCGGCUCAGCCACCAGCCAGCCUCCCUCCGAGCUGGAGAGGCAGCUCUCUGGAGGUAGCUGCGGAGGCGGGGGCUCCUUCCCGCUCCUGGAAGGCCACUCCAGCAUGCCGUCUGGUCAGCUGGAUCGGAUCCUCAGCAACAUCAAGCUGGAGCAGGUGGAGGGCGCCAGCGAGUGCCACGGGCCCAGAGCUCACGACAUGGAGCACAUGGGCAUGGUGAAGAUGGAGGCGGAGAAAGAGGGCACCUCACCCCACGCGGCUGGCCUGAGUCCAGCGCACAGCUCCAAGGGCGAGAUGAGCAACGAGCUCCUCAAGCACCUGCUCAAGCACAAGCGGACGCCGCCGGCUGCAAUCCCGCACCAGAGGUCAGAGGACAGCCUGCGCUCCGAGGAGGACGGCUGCAUCGACAGCAAGAACUUCCUCAGGCAGAACUCCCUGGACAGCAACGGGACGGUCUCGGACAGCCAGAUGUCUGGGCAGCCGGAAUUUGGCGGCUCCUCGCUGGCCGGCGAGCAGACCAAGCGGAAACAGCGGAACAAGAGAGGGCCCAAAGGUGCAGAGCGCCCGGUGCCGCGCUCCAAGAAAAGGAGGAAGGAGGAAGAGGAGAGGAAGGCCGCCGCUGCUGCCUCUGACCCUGCCAUGACCCACCUGAAACAGCUCUCUCUGUUACCCCUGAUGGAGCCCUUGAUUGGGGUGAACUAUGCCCACUUCAUGCCCUACGGUGGCAGGCAGCUGGACGGGGAGAACCGCCUGUCCGGCUCCUUUGGAAGCGCAACUCUGGACGGCGUGUCCGACUACUACUCCCAGCUCAUCUACAAGCAGAACAACCUGAGCAACCCGCCCACUCCGCCAGCCUCGCUGCCCCCAACGCCGCCUCCGGUGGCGCGGCAGAAGAUCCUCAACGGCUUCGCCACCACCGAGGAGCUGGCCAGCAAGGCCGUCAUGGCAGGCCACGACGUGACUAAAGGCCUGCUGCCCAGGUCUAUGCACGUCCAGCUCAAGGCUGAAGAGGAGUUGCUGGCCAGGGCACUGUCCCAGGGGCCGAAGACUGUGGACGUGCCGGCCUCUCUCCCCACUCCUCCGCACAACAACCAGGAGGAGCUCAGCAGAGGCCAGGAGCACUGUGAGGACCGAGACUCGCCAGACAGCUUUGUCCCCUCCUCGUCCCCUGAGAGUGUGGUGGGCAUGGAGGUCAGCCGCUACCCUGACCUCUCCCUGGUCAAGCAGGAGCGCCCCUCCCCUGCCCAGUCACCGGUCAUCCCCCUGCUGCCCAGCUGCAGUGGCAAAGAAGCAGGACUGCUGAAGAUCAAAAAGGAGCAGCCCUCCAUGUUCUACGGACCACCCUUUGGGGCUCCGCACAACGGCAGCAACGCGGGGCUCGUUUCCAUAGCAAUCACCCUCAAACCAGCUGCUGCCGAGAACAUCACAGGGGUGGUGGCAGCCAUCGCCGACCUGCUCCAUGUGAAGAUCCCCAGCAGCUAUGAGGUGAGCAGCGCCCCAGACCGGCCCUUCCACGGCGCCCCCGGUGGCCUCAGGGCGUCUCUGCAGGGCCCAGAGCUCCGGCACUCCUUCAUGCUCCACGGCGCUCCAGGCGGCUUCGGAGGCCCUGAAGGGGGAGCAAUGCGCUUCAUUAGGCCACCGGCACAGCAGAGGGCCCUACACAUGCAGCACCAGCAGCACCACCACCAGCAGCAGCAGCAGCACCAGCAGCAACACCACCAGCAGCAACAGCAGCCUCACUGCCCCUCUGACAGAGGUGCCACCGUGUCCAGAGAGCAGUUUCUGAAAGGUCAGGCCAGCCCUGGCUCCAAGCCUCAGUGGUGCCGCCACUGCAAGGUGGUGGUUCUGGGAAGUGGAGUCCGCAAGUCGCCCAAAGACGGCAAACCCACGCAGCAGGACAUUCAGUCCGGUGCGGAGGGUGACGUGGUCUUCUGCAGCCACAGCUGCCUCAUCCUCCACUCCGCCUCAUCGCCGGCCAAAGCUCCCGUGGACACCAAGGAGUCGGUGGAGCUGCUUCCUGCCAGCGAGCCCAAGGAGAGUCCCUCCAGAGCCCAGCACCCGUAUAGCAACAACAUGUCCUCCCUAGACGUGCACUGCCUGGCCCAGCUGCAGCCCAAGCCCUCGCCGCCCCUCCCUACGUCUCCACUGCUCGACCCGCCCAGCCCGGAAAAGCCGCUGAAGGCCGAGCCCGAGCGCCCGGAGAUCAAACCGCCCGAGACCCUGAGGGUGACGGUCAAGCUGAAGUCCCGCAGCGGUGGCGGCUCCGAGCAGCCGAACCACCACGGCAAGCGGCACAAGGCCCAGCGCUGGCAGCGGUGGAGCGUGCGUCUGCAGCUGUCGCUGAAGAAGGAAGGACACGCUGGAGCUAGCGGUGCGCAGCUCCUGGACGACGAGGUGGAGGUGGACCGUCUGCUGGCCAAACUGGCGAUGCCGCUGCGCCCCAGCCCAGCGCUCCGCGACCGCCGCCGCUGCUGCUUCUGCCACCAGGAGGGUGACGGGCUGACGGACGGUCCGGCGCGGCUCCUCAACCUGGACCUGGACACCUGGGUGCACCUGAACUGCGCGCUGUGGUCCACCGAGGUAUACGAGACGCAGGCCGGCGCGCUCAUCAACGUGGAGCUGGCACUGCGGCGCGGCACGGCCGUCCUGUGCGUGUGCUGCCAGCGCUCGGGCGCCACCACCGGCUGCCACCGACUGCGCUGCCUCAACAUCUACCACUUCACCUGUGCCCUGCAGGCCGGCUGCACCUUCUUCAAGGACAAGACCAUGCUGUGCCACGCCCACCGGCCCCGGGGACAGGCCAACGGCAGGCGUAGCGGCCGAGGGCCAGCGGCUUUUCGCCCGCAGCCUUCGCCCGGCUCGGCCCUGCUGGAGCACCAGCUGCGCUGCUUCUCGGUGUUCCGCCGCGUCUACGUGCAGCGCGACGAGGUGCGGCAGCUGGCCGGCGCCGUGCAGAGGCCCGAGCGCGGUCACACCUUCCGCGUGGGCAGCCUGGUCUUCCACGCCAUGGGCCACCUGCUGCCCGCCCAGAUGGCCGCCUUCCACUCGGACGCCGCCAUCUUCCCCGUGGGCUACGAGGCCAGCCGCCUCUACUGGAGCAUGCGCCACGCCAACCGCCGCUGCCGCUACCUGUGCUCGGUGGAGGAGCGCGGCGCCUGGCCCGAGUUCACCAUCCGUGUGCAGGAGCCCGGCUACGAAGAGCUGGUGCUCACCGACAGCAGCCCCAAAGGAGUCUGGGAUAAGGUUCUGUGUCCCGUGGCUGAGCGGAGAGCUGAGUCCAGCACACUCCGCCUGUUUCCCGUCUAUCUGAAGGGAGAGGAUCUGUUUGGACUCACCGUCACUGCAGUGGCCCGCAUCGCCGAAUCGCUGCCUGGAGUUCAGGCCUGUAAGGGUUACCGGUUCCGUUUUGGGCGGAACCCAAUGCUGGAGUUGCCGCUGGCUAUUAACCUGUGUGGCAGUGCUCGUGCUCAAGCCCGGAGCAGCCCCCACCAUGACAGGCUCCUGGACGAGAGCACUGCCUGCAGCCGCUCCAUCCAGAACUCGGCCCCUCCAGAGGGGGGCACGCCCUACAGCAAGCACUUUGUGCACUCCAAGUCCUCCCAGUACCGCCGGCUGCAGAGCGAGUGGAAGGCCAACGUCUACCUGGCCCAGUCGCACAUCCAGGGCUUGGGUCUGUUUGCAGCCAGAGACAUUGAAAAGCAGACCAUGGUGAUUGAGUACCUUGGCAAUAUCCUGCGUAAAGAGGUGGCCAGCAGAAAGGAGUUUUCGUACAAAUGUCAGAAUCGCGCCGUGUACAUGUUCCGCAUUGACAAUGAGCACAUCCUUGAUGCAACUCUCACUGGAGGACUGGCAAGGUAUAUCAACCAUUCUUGUGCUCCCAACUGUGUGGCUGAAGUGGUGACGUUUGAGCGUGGAUACAAGAUCAUCAUCAGCUCCAACCGGCGCAUCGAGAAGGGAGAAGAGCUCUGCUACGACUACAAGUUCGACCAGGCGGACGACCAGCACAAGAUCCCAUGCCACUGUGGAGCAGUCAACUGCCGCAAGUGGAUAAACUGAUGGGCUGAUGCGUCGACAGCAAAAGGAAGGGGGGAAAAGACAAAUCAACACAUGCAUUCCUUGCCAUAGUUCACAGGCACAUUAGUCUCUGUGGAGAACAAGUCCUUCACUGACUAAAAGAAGCAUUUUCAAUGGGGCUCAGACGCGCGCCAGCCUUGAGUGGUGUGCAGCAGAGAUUGGUCGAGGUCUUUGUCAUAAUAAACCACUGAACAUAGUCUGCAAGGGAAUAUUAAACGGUAGAGCGUUUGGCAAGGGGCAGCAGUCCUCACUGUUCUCAGAGGAAGACGGUUCAGUGACCCGCAUUUGCCAUGAGUGCAUGUGUGUGUGCGUGUGUGCAUAUAUGCUAUGUGUGUGUGUGUGUGUGUGUGUGUGUGUGUGUGUGUUUCAGGGGGCAGAAUUCACCAGCGAAUGAGAGGAGAGCACUGUGCCGGCCUUGCCUUAUUGGUUGCAAGAGGGGGCAGGCCCUUUAGUUUAAUCGUCAUAGACCUAGAUGUGUACAGUAGGUUUCAAAUGUAGACACCACUGAAUGGAGAAUGUACGGAAUGAGCUUCCGCGAAGGGAAAAAUUAACUUGCACUAAAAGAAAAACACAAACUCACAAAAAAGAACACAUUAAAAUACUUGAUUCCAUGAGUCAGUUUUAUCCUAAUUUUCUCUCUUUGGUUUGUGUAAGAAAAGAAAGCAGUUUUGUAUUUAUUGCCGAGUGAAUGAAUGAUGAGUGAAUUAAUUAAUGGAAAAAAACUAUGUGUUUAAAAAAAUCAUUGCCAAACUGUGGUUGCUGUCCGCGGUUUGUGGGAACCCUGUUUCAUGUGUACAAAGUGUAUAAAAAGAAAAAUAUAGGAAUGAUUGACCAAAUACUACCUUAACCAUAUGGAUGUUUGGGUGUUCCGUAGGCGUGUUUUGUUUUUUGUCUUUGCAGAAUUAUUUAAUGCGGUUGUCCAAUAUUGUUUGGAGAGAAUAUAUUAUAUGGCUAUUUUGUACAGAAUGUGCAAAUAAUUUCAAGAAUUCACAAGAAAGUAUUUUUGUUGUGCUUAGACUUUAGUAUGCUAGUGUUUACUUUUCUGUGAUUUUCACAUGAAUUCUGACCACUUGAAUAGUCUUUUUAUAAAUAUAUAUAUAUAAAUAUAUUUGUGGUUUUCAUCAAAGAUAGUUUGGUCAUGUGUUACAGUAGGUGACGUCCAUCACCAGAAGCCCCAGAGUGGACUAGAUCAUUAUGACAUCCUUGUCGAUCAGGUUUCAUUUCUGAAUUAGUGAGAACUGUGAAUUUUUAAUCCACCCAAACCGAAUUUUUAAUCAUGUUUUCAACUUUGUCACAAGUAGAUUGCAUUAUGUUUUGCUCUGGGUUUUUAUAUGUGUUUUGUACAUAUUUGUAAUAUGACAUUGAGGAGUUUUUCGACUAUUCAAUGAGUCUCAGAAGGAAAACUGGUAGCUGUUUAGGUGUAGUGUGUUUUCCUGAGGGCUAGACACAAAGAAAGCAUUUAGUACAGAAACCGUUUGCCAGGAAUAUGUAUGCUUAGUCUUCAGAGAUAUACUUUUGGACAACUGAAUCAAGAUGGCAUUUCGUUUUAUACCCUAACAACCUUAAUCCUGUACUCACUUUUCUCAAGCCUCACAAAUGAAAUAUAGUUCUUCAGUUUGAACAGCUUGAAGUUGACAAAUUGACAGUCUUGAACUUGUAUUGUACAGGGCAUGUAUUUUUGAACUUGCAAAAGAUAAAUUGUAUAUAUUUUCUCAAUGAACAAUUGUAACUAAAUUGUUUCAUGAAUAUUUUUCUUGUCUUGUAAAAUAAUGGUGUUUGCGCAAACCUUUUUUUGGCGUUGUCAUGUACAGUAGUCCAUAAUGUUUUGGGAAAUGAAGCCUUUUUGAAGUAUGCAGAUAUGGGGUUUGGAACUGAAUUUAGGAGCAUUUACAAAAAAAUAAAAUAUUUUACAUCUUAA